AUGUAUUCUCUGAUAAUCCAUGGAAGAAGGUUAGUCGAUUUGCAGAAAUGUCGUAAUCUGAGAGCUUUAGUGAACCCUUUUCAAAAUGUGUUUGCUUUAUCCAAUUCGUUCUCCUCUGUUUCUGCUACUGCUGCUGCUGAAAUUAGUCUUAGAGAUGGUCGAAAAGAGAAGACUUUCACAGUCUCUUACCUCGUUGAUUCAUUGGGUUUAACCACAAAGCUCGCAGAAUCGAUCUCCAGGAAAGUCAGUUUUCAAGAGAAAGUGAAUCCUGAUUCUGUUCUGAGACUUCUUAGAAGCCAUGGAUUCACAGAUCCUCAGAUCUCCACCAUCAUUACGAGUUACCCUGGAUUGCUUAUAGUAGAUGCUGAGAAAUCACUUGCUCCCAAGCUUAAGUUUUUGCAGUCAAGAGGAACUUUAAGGUCUGAGCUCACUGAGGUUCUUACAAAAGUUCCAAAAAUCUUGGCAAUGAAAAAGGACAAAGCUACAAGCGUAUACUACGAUUUCGUCAAAGAGAUAAUCAAAGCUGAUAAGAGCUCAAAGUUCGAAACUUUAUGUCAUCCUUCUUUGACACAAGGUAGUCCACAAGAGAACAUAAUCAGAAAUGUAUUGGCUUUGAGAGAGUUAGGUGUUCCUCAGAAGCUGUUUCUCCCUUUGCUCAUCUCCAGGGACCAACCAGUCUGUGGGAAAGAGAGAUUUGAAGAAUCACUCAAGAAGGUUGUUGAGAUGGGUUUUGAUCCGAGUUCUUCAAGGUUCGUCGAAGCCCUACGCGUCGUUCAAAGAGUGAGCAAGAAGGCAAUAGAAGAGAAAGUCCAAGUCUAUGAAAGGUUAGGCUUUGGUGUGGAUGAUGUGUGGGCGAUGUUCAAGAAAUGGCCACUCUCUCUGGCACUCUCGGAGAAGAACAUAUCCAGCUCCAUGGAGACAUUUCUAGGGUUAGGAUUCAGCAGAGACGAGUUCACGAUGAUGGUCAAGAGCCAGCCUCAGUGCAUUGGAUAUUCUUCGGAGAUGGUGAAGAAGAAGACUGAGUUUCUUGUGAAGGAGAUGAAUUGGCCGUUAAAGGCUGUGGUUUCAACACCUGCAGUGCUUGGUUACAGCUUGGAGAAGAGGACUGUCCCGAGGUGUAACGUAAUUCAAGCUCUCAUGGCGAAAGGAUUGCUCGGAAGCAAACUCCCUCCAAUGUCGUUUGUGUUGGCGAUAAAGAAUGAAGCUUUCUUAGAUAAGUAUGUGAGGAAGCACGUUGACAAGGAGCUUGUGGCUGAUCUGAUGGGAAUUUUCACCGCAAAGACGAGCAAGAAACAGAGUUCGUAG